UGGAUUACGGUUCAAAACUUGCUCUUUAAACCUAAAUUGAUCUGUAUUAGAGUUUGCCCGGCGCACUGGGUCAAUGUCACUGGGCGUUGCACAAUACCUGCAAUACGGCCCUGUCACCUGUCAGUGUCACGCAUUCUAGUGGUUUUUACAGCCGCGGUUGGCAGUACAAAUCCGGUGCUCACUAGAGUUAGACGAAGGUUUGUAGAGAUGUAUCGGGCCAGGGCGCUGGUGAAUUACUUCGGGGGCCAAGGACAGUUCGCUGGGUGGCUCCUCACGAAAAAUGCAGUGCCGGGGAUUAGUUGUGCUUCGACGAGGAACUACAAUGUACCUGUUGCUUCCGAGCCUUUCCUCAAUGGGAGCUCCAGCCAGUAUGUCGAAGAUAUGUAUAAUGCGUGGUUGGCGGAUCCGGCUAGCGUCCAUGCUUCAUGGGACUCCUUCUUCCGCAACUCCGCCGCCGGCGGUGUCGGCUACCAAUCCCCCCCAUCCCUAGCCCCCCUCGGCAAGAACGAAGUCCUGGCAACGUCCUUCCUUCCGGCCUUGGCUGGAGCGACCGGCGGUGGCCACGUCAGCGAAAAGGUGAUCGAUGAUCACUUGGCAGUCCAAGCGAUCAUCAGGAGUUACCAGAUCAGAGGACAUCACAUAGCUAAACUGGACCCUCUGGGCAUCAACAGUGCCGACUUGGACGACAGGACGCCCCAGGAGUUGCUCUACUCCCACUACAGUUUCGAGGAUGACGACAUGGACCGCACUUUCAAAUUACCGUCGACCACCUUCAUUGGUGGUAAAGAGAAGCAGUUGCCUCUGAGGGAGAUCCUGAGGAGGCUGGAACUGACCUAUUGUAGACAUAUCGGGGUCGAGUUUAUGUUCAUCAACAGCUUGGAACAGUGCAACUGGAUCAGGCAGCGGCUGGAGACUCCGGGAGCCAUGGAGAUCGGCGCCGACGAGAAGAGACUAAUCUUGGCGCGAUUGACCCGAGCCACCGGAUUCGAGUCCUUCUUAGCCCGAAAGUGGUCCUCCGAGAAGCGCUUCGGUCUCGAAGGCUGCGAGAUCCUCAUCCCCGCCAUGAAACAAGUCAUCGACAAGUCGACCGAGCUCGGCGUGGAGAGCAUCGUCAUGGGUAUGCCCCACCGCGGUCGUCUCAACGUCCUCGCCAACGUCUGUCGCAAACCCCUCCAUCAACUCUUCACCCAGUUCGCCGGGUUGGAAGCCGCCGACGACGGCUCCGGUGACGUCAAGUACCACUUGGGUACCUACAUCGAGCGGCUGAACCGCGUCACCAACAAAAAUAUCAGGUUGGCCGUGGUGGCCAAUCCUUCCCAUCUCGAAGCUGUCGAUCCUGUUGUCCAAGGGAAAACAAGAGCCGAACAGUUCUAUCGAGGUGACGGCGAGGGCAAGAAGGUUAUGUCUAUAUUGUUGCACGGAGAUGCGGCCUUCUGUGGACAAGGCAUCGUUUUCGAAACGAUGCACUUGUCGGAUCUGCCUGAUUACACCACCCAUGGGACGAUACACAUCGUGGUGAACAACCAGAUCGGGUUUACCACGGAUCCGAGACACUCGAGGUCUUCGUCGUAUUGUACAGAUGUGGCCCGCGUCGUCAACGCGCCUAUUUUCCACGUCAACUCCGAUGACCCCGAGAGCGUCAUGCACGUGUGCAACAUGGCGGCCGAAUGGCGCUCCACGUUCCACAAAGACGUCGUCAUCGACAUCGUGUGCUACCGACGCAACGGCCACAACGAGAUCGACGAACCCAUGUUCACUCAACCCCUCAUGUACCGCAAGAUCCGCAACACGAAAUCAGCCCUCGAGAAGUACGCCGAAAACCUGAUCAAAGAAGGCGUCGUAACCCCCGACGAAGUCAAGGACGUGAAGAGCAAGUACGAGAAGAUCUGCGAGGACGCGUUGGACAGCGCCCGCAAAGAGACCCACAUCAAGUACAAGGACUGGUUGGACAGCCCUUGGUCGGGCUUCUUCGAAGGGAAGGAUCCUCUCAAGGCUGGCACCACCGGCGUCAAGGAGGACACCCUCGUCCACAUAGGGAAGAGGUUCUCGUCGCCGCCGCCCAACGCCGCCGAGUUCGUCAUCCACAAGGGUAUCGAGAGGAUCCUGAAGUCGAGGAUGGAGAUGGUCGAGGCGAGGACCUGCGACUGGGCUCUGGGCGAAGCGAUGGCUUUUGGGUCGCUGUUGAAGGAGGGUAUUCAUGUGAGGCUGUCGGGGCAGGACGUGGAGCGAGGCACGUUCUCGCAUCGGCACCACGUUUUGCACCACCAGACGGUGGAUAAGGCCACUUACAGGCCCCUAUGCAACUUGUACCCCGACCAAGCCCCCUACACCGUCUGCAACAGCUCCCUCUCCGAGUUCGGAGUACUGGGCUUCGAGCUCGGCUACUCGAUGACCAACCCGAACGCCCUCGUCAUCUGGGAAGCCCAAUUCGGCGACUUCAACAACACGGCCCAGUGCAUCAUCGACCAGUUCAUCUCUUCAGGUCAAGCCAAAUGGGUGCGUCAAAGCGGUCUCGUCAUGCUCCUGCCGCACGGCCUCGAAGGCAUGGGUCCCGAGCACUCCAGCGCGCGUCUGGAGCGUUUCCUGCAGAUGUCGUCCGACGACCCCGACUACUUCCCACCAGAGAGUGACGAAUUCGCCGUGCGCCAGCUCCACGACAUCAACUGGAUCGUAGCCAACUGCACCACCCCCGGCAAUCUGUUCCACAUUUUGAGAAGACAGAUCGCGUUGCCGUUCCGCAAACCGUUGAUUUUGAUGACCCCGAAGAGCUUGUUGCGUCAUCCCGAAGCCAGGAGCAGCUUCGACGAGAUGCUCGAGAACACGGAGUUCCAGAGGAUCAUCCCGGAUUCGAGCGUGGCGAGCCAGAGUCCGCAGAACGUGAAGAAGGUGAUUUUCUGCUCGGGGAAGGUUUACUAUGAUCUGAAGAAAGCGAGGGAGGAUAGGAAGUUGGAGAACGAUAUUGCGAUCACGCGUGUCGAACAGAUUUCUCCAUUCCCGUACGACUUGAUCAAGAGCGAGUGUGCCAAGUACCCCAACGCGCAGCUCUCGUGGGCCCAAGAAGAGCACAAGAACCAAGGACCUUGGUUUUACGUCCAGCCCAGAUUCGAGACAGCUCUGACCGGCUCCCGAGACGUCGUUACGGAGAAGGAGAGUAGAGGUUGGUUCGCUAAGUUGUUUUCAAACAAGGAACCUAAACCUCCACCGAAACCGGAGACUGAAACGUUAGCAGAAACUAGAGUCGUUAGCUACGUCGGCAGACCCACCGCCGCCAGCCCCGCCACCGGCAGCAAGGCCCAGCACCUCAAAGAGCUCUCCCAUCUGUUGGACGAUGCGAUGGCAUUGUAAAUUUCGAAAACGGUCAAGAGAGAAUAUUUAUUCUAGUGUCAGUUAAUUUAUUUUAGGUUGGUAUAGAUUUUAAAGGCACUGAAUAAUUUUUAAAUUAAAUGUAAUUAUGUAAAUAGUUUACCGCACCAUUAUUGUAUUGUAAAUUGUUGCGUGUUACCUCUGUUGCUGAAACUAUUGAAAUCUUAUCUAGUAUUAAUAUACUCAACCGGAUGGAACGGGGGUGGUGUAAGAGUAUUUUAAAACUGUUAUUUAUUUAUUGUAAGGAUGGACUAUUUUUGAAUGACACUAUUGCUUAAGUG